AUGAUUGGGAACCGUAACAGCGAGAGGUUUGUAGACUACACGCCCACGAAGAGAGGAAAGGGCUGCCUACACUUCGACCCACACAGCCCGCUCACAAGAAGCCUUGGCGUUCAAAUCAGCCCUCGUCAACAAGAUGGCAGGCAAAUGGCCAUGUGGUUUAUGUUGCAAGUUGUACACGUGGCCGGAAGGCAACGGUCCUCCAAUCACAUCCGGUCUAUACCUCCUUCUGGAUUAUCCUAG